GUAAUUUGUUUCAGAACCAUGAAGUUUCUAGCUCUUGCUGUGUCCUGCCUGCUGGCUCUCUCCGGAGCCCUAGCGGCUGACUCCUGCUACCAGGACGUCUCCUUGGACUGCUCACAGGCUUCCAACAGCAUGGUGCUGGCAAAAUGUAACGCCAUCUACGGCGGCUACGGUCACCAUGGCAACCUCGCGUCCGAGAUGCAAGCGUACGCGAACCUGCAUCUCGCUCGCUCGUACGAGUUCCUGCUAUCGGCGUCCUACUUCGACAACUACCAGACCAACAGGAAGGGGUUCAGUAAGCUGUUUAGGAAGCUGUCGGAUGACGCUUGGGAGAAGACUAUUGAUCUCAUCAAGCAUAUUACUACUCGAGGUGGCGUGAUGGACUUCGCCCGCCGCUCCACCCUGGAUACCGGCAGCAAGAACUACACCGUGGAGCUGAACGAGCUGGAAGCGCUGGCCAAGGCCCUGGACAUCGAGAAGGAGAUCGCUGAGCGCGCCUUCCACAUCCACGGCGAAGCCACCAGGAACAGCCAGCACCUCCAUGACCCUGAGAUCGCCCAAUACAUGGAGGAGGAAUUCAUCGAAGACCAUUCCAAGACCAUCCGCAACCUGGCCGGCCACAGCUCCGACCUCAAGAAGUUCAUCGCCCAGAACGACGGCCAAGAUCUGUCCAUCUCGCUAUACCUGUUCGACGAGUAUCUGCAGAAGACCGUCUAAAAAAAUAGUCUACCAUCUCAAAAACUACCAUUUUAGUAGAAAUGUGGUUACG